AUGCCCAAGACACAGCAGCCCCCAGCACUGCACAGUGCACCCGUUCCGCUUGACGGCUCACAACAGCAAUGCCCCUUCUUCAACGCAACUCUCAGUGGAGUCGGCGAGUGUGAAGUGUUUCCUGACUCUGGGUCCAAGCACCGCAUUGACCUGCUACCUGAUGCUUUACCGUACAGUCGGAGCCCAUACCGGUACGCUACAGAGGACAAGCAGUUCCUGGAAACUCAGGUGAAGAAGUUGCUCCACCAAGCAGUUUCGUCCACGUCUACGGGCGACGUUAUCAAGCAUUUGCACAAUGUGUUCUACACUUACGGCACGCCAGACCACUGCCUCUCGGACCAUGGCUCAGCCUUCAAAUCCAAUGAGUUCAAGCGCUUCAUGAGUCUUCAUUCCGUGGAGCUCCAUUUCACCACUGCCUAUCGACCUGAGGGCAAUGGCUUAGUCGAGAGAAGCAAUGGAACUCUCCUGGCAGCUCUCCGCAAGAUCUGUGCAAUGGAACCACUGUCAUGGCCUACCAAACUUCAAGAGGCAGCAUUUGCAGUAAACACGUCCAUGAAUGCCAGCACGAACUUUACGCCAUUUCAGCUUCUCUAUGGCUACGUACCGAAGAUUCCACUCCAACAACAUCAUCCGUUCCAGCACUCCGCUCUUGCCGAGCGCAUCCUCGACACAACAGUGCAGCGCUCCGAAGCAGCCGCCAAUUCGGAAGCAGCCCAAGGUGCCCGCAAAGAGCGCUACGACCGCAGCCACCGUUCUCACACCUUUACCGUCGGUGAUAUGGUCUGGGGAUUCUUAAAGUGA